AAUCAUCAUUAUCAUCAUCAUCAUCAUGUCGCGAGUGUCGCUCAAAUGGCUGCUCGCCCUACGGGUGUAACACGUCGCUGCUGCUGUGUUUUAUGAGUAGUCAGUCUAGUGUGUGUCUCGACUCGCGCGCAGUUACUCAGAGUUAGUUAGCGGCACUUCUUCGUUCGGAAACGGAAGUUUCACUUCAGGCCAGUCCUCGGCCCGCGGAAAGAAAGGCCUUGAACACCGCGCAUUUCCCUUUCGUUUCGCCACUGCCGAAUUCCUCCUCGUUGUCGUCUAAAAUAUUGCAGAGUGUGCAUUUCGUCUUCGUCCGUGCCGCCUAAUAAACACAUAUGUAGCGCGAGCGUCGGGUGGCGUAACUGCCGCCGCCGCGCAUGCGCACUGCGCUACUUCGCGCCUACUGCCGUGUCGCUGAUGGGCCGCUGAGUGUCGGUACCGUUACGCCGGAGGAGUGUGGAAACACGCGCGUUUGUAAGCUGCUUUGCGCGUCACGUGCCUUACUCUGUGUUUACGCCUGCAUUGGAGCACUGAGAACGCGCAAAGCCAAAAAUCGUGUAUGCCGAUGUCGAAAUCUUAAGCGGGAUUUGCUGCUACUACGAAUCAAUCAGUAGCAGCAGCAGCAUAGAGUACACAGUAGUAGUAGUAGUAAAGCGCCACGUGUUGAUGAAAAAUACACUGUGAUUACUCAUAAAGAAAGAGUAAAACACACCAACGAGCACGAUGACGAUUACAUCGAUGGCGGGAGAACACAAAUGAACUGGGAAGGAGGAGGAUGCUGAAGGAGUGUGUGCAGAAUCUCGUGCCGCCCUGGCUGGGAAGGGCGAUACAGGCAGCUCCUGUCCUGUCCUGUCCUGGCCGGGACUGGGUGUGUUCAGGAAUAUCCCCCCACGUGUGCAAAUCCAUUUUGUGUGCAGGAGUACUGCAGGUCACCUCCGGAAAGCUGAGACCGCUUAAGUCGAACGUGUGAAAGAUGAGGCUGCGCUGCACAAGUAAUUUCGUCACAGUGUACUGGAGCUCGUAAACUCUCAGUGCGUUGUUCACGCCGUUGUUGCUUUAAACACCAGUGGUAACCCUCCCACCAUUCUCAUGUUUCAUCCUUGACUUAAGGGCUGUAAACAUGCAGCUCAAUGUCUCCUCAUUGUGGACAAUGUCACGGAAAGCAGGCUGCUGGGCUUGGUGGAGCAUACCGGAGCUCACGCGCUUUUCAUUUUUAAUCACAGAAGAAUGGCUAUCACCGGUGAAGAUGUCACUCUGGAUGAGAUCAUUCCUAUUUCCCAUGACUUUGAAAUUGUGGAAGUGUACUCUCCUGAUGACCUUGCAGUUGUCGGUGCUGACACCAGAGUGAGAGUGCGGGGCCUGGAGCUGGAGCUGGAGGUUCGAUUACCGUUUGGCUCACACACUCGCCUCUUCCUCCAUGAAGUCAACAAAGCCUGGAGCGAAGUCUGCAGGAAAUCUGUGAGCAGUGUGCCAGCGUCCCAGUUUGAGUGGCUCUCCGAAUACCACAAGUCCUCCAAAAUCUCUGGCCUGGACAGACUGUCCAGCAUGUGUGAAGGAGCAGCAUUCCCCAGGAUGAACCAGUUUGCAAAAUCACGGAGAUUGUUGGCAGUAGAUGGGAAAGUGGGGCCAAAAGAAGACGGGAAGGUGGACGGCGGAGGGCGCUCUUCGAGCGUGGAGAACAACACUGAAAGGAAAGGGAAGGGCGAGGACCGGAAUGACCUGGUGCGCUCGUCCAGUCACACCAUGUCCAACAAGGCUCAGAUGCUCACCAUGCCCCAGUUCGGCCUGCGGGACAACCUCAUACGGUGUGAGCUGCUCAAGAGUGAGGAGCUCUACACCUACGUCAAGAACUUCAGGUUUUUUGUAGGCACGUACAAUGUAAAUGGCCAAGCCCCAAAAGAGAGUUUACGACCCUGGCUGAGCUAUAGCCCUGAUCCCCCAGACCUCUACUGUAUGGGCUUUCAGGAGCUGGACUUGAGCAAGGAGGCAUUCUUCUUCAACGACACUCCCAAGGAGUCCGAGUGGAUGAGAGCUGUGUCAGAGGGCCUCCACCCAGAUGCCAAGUACGCCUUAGUCAAGCUGGUGCGUCUCGUGGGGAUCAUGCUGAUCUUCUAUGUGAAGAAGGAACACGCUAGCUUCAUCUCAGAGGUGGAAGCAGAGACUGUGGGCACAGGCAUCAUGGGAAGGAUGGGCAACAAGGGGGCAGUGGCCAUCCGCUUCAGGUUCCACAACUCUGACAUUUGCGUGGUCAAUUCACACCUGGCAGCACACAUUGAGGAGUAUGAGCGCCGUAACCAAGAUUUUAGGGAGAUCUGCACCCGCAUGCAGUUCCGACAGGGAGAUUCCAGCCUGCCGACACUCAGCAUCAUGAAGCACAACAUUGUUCUUUGGCUUGGAGAUCUGAACUAUAGGAUAAGUGAACUUGAGGUGGAUGAAGUGAAAAACUUAAUUGCCAAGAAAGAUUUUGAAACUCUGCACAGAUAUGACCAGCUUAAGAGGCAGAUUGAUGAAGAAGCCGUGUUUAAGGGUUUCGUAGAAGGGGAGAUUGCUUUCCAGCCAACGUACAAAUAUGACACUGGGUCAGACCAGUGGGACACCAGUGAAAAGUGUCGUGUGCCAGCAUGGUGUGACCGCAUCCUGUGGAAGGGUAAGAACGUCCAACAGCUUACCUACCAGAGUCACAUGACCUUGAAGACCAGUGACCACAAGCCAGUCAGUUCACUGAUGGAAGUUGGGAUUAAGGUGGUCAACGAGGACUUGUACAAGAAGACGUUUGAGGAGAUUGUACGAAACCUAGACAAGAUGGAAAAUGAGUGCAUUCCAUCCGUGUCGUUAUCCAUGCGAGAGUUUCACUUCAGGGAUGUGAAGUUCAUGCAGCGUCAGGUGGAAAUGCUGACUGUUUUCAACGAUGGACAGGUGCCCUGUCAGUUUGAGUUCAUCCAGAAGCUGGAUGAGCCCUCUUACUGCAAACCGUGGUUAACAGCCAACCCAUGCAAAGGUUUCCUUGCCCAAGGUAGCAGGAUGGAUAUUGAACUGGAGGUGUUUGUGAACCGCUCAACAGCCACACAGCUGAACUCAGGCUGCCAGCAGAUAGAAGAUAUCUUGGUGCUGCACUUGGAUCGGGGCAAGGACUACUUUGUUUCAGUUACAGGCAACUACCUGCCUAGCUGCUUCGGUACAGCCCUCCACACUCUGUGCCUUUUAAGGGAACCCAUCCAGGAAAUGCCCCUGGAAACCAUCAAGGAGCUGGCUAAGAUCUUGGUUGAGGAUAUCAACAACUUGAUGACAGAGAAGCCCCUGGACAUUCCUAAGGAGAUCUGGAUGAUGGUGGACCAUCUGUACCGCAAUGCCUCCAAACAGGAAGAUCUCAUGCAGCAGCCAGGGCUCAGAAAUGAGUUUGAAGAGAUCCGCGAUUGUCUGGACACGGGGACACCGGAUUCUCUGCCGGGAAGUAACCACUCUGUGGCUGAAGCCCUGCUCCUCUUCCUGGAAGUCCUUCCAGAACCUGUGGUCACCUACUCGCUGUACCAACAGUGCCUCGACAGCUCCUCAAACCAUGCACUCAGUAAAAAGGUUAUAUCGAUGCUACCUCAGUGCCAUAAAAAUGUGUUCAACUACUUAACGGCAUUUCUGCGAGAGCUGUUGAAGAAUUCUGCACACAAUCACUUGGAUGUCAAUAUUUUAGCAACCAUCUUCGCCCCUUUGCUUCUGAGGUCACCCAGAAAGCAGGACCUUGGCGAGAAAAGGAAGACCCAGGAUUUUCUCCGGCAUUUCCUUGACCCAGACCUUAAAUGAGCUGAGCUGAGUCUGCAAAGACUGCUUUGGCGCGAGGAGUCAUUAGCUUCUUGUGUAGCACAGUAUUUUUAUAUUUACAAUGAAACUUUGUACUGGCAUAAAUAAUGCAUUUCAAAUACAUUUUCAUUUCACUUAUGGGAUUUAUGUCAAGCAGACAUGAUUUUAACACAAAGAUGUUAAUUUGUCAUGAAGAAGCUGUAGAAAACUGACAUUACAAAAUGUAUAUAAUAUACAUAGUAUUUAGAUGUUAUUUAAAGAUGCCUUUGUACUGUUCUCCUAUGGUUUGUAAAGAACGGCAGUUUCUUUUACAUAUAAAAUCU